AUGUCUCAACAGCAGCAGCAGGGCCAACAGCUCUACCCUACUCCUCUCUCCAUCCCCAAUACAAACCUCAAUGCGACCGCAGUUAAUGCGUCUGGUAAUUCACCCGCGUCUGCGACGCCCCUUUCUGGCGUCCAGAAUCCUUACCAGCUGUACCAACAGUACGCCGCAAUGGGCAUGAUGAACAUGGGUCUUGGAGGCAUGAACAUGAUGGGUCUCAACUACCCAUUCUCUCCGACGUCGUUCCCCCAGACCCCGGCGAAUGCGGCAGCCUCUCUCCAGGCUGCUGCAAACGCAGCCUUUACCGCUCAGAAUGCCCAGGCACGCUCGGGCGUUGCCACGAGUCCUAACCCGUCGAAUCUCGGUGGCAUGUCUCCCCUCAACAUUGGCGCUGCUCAGGCGUACUCACUCCAGGCUGCCGCGGCCGCAGCCGCUGCCAACCAGCCAUCUAGUCGCACUGUAUAUUUGGGCAACCUCCCUCAAUCUGCAGCUGUGGACGAGCUGCUCAACCUUAUCAAGUUUGGCCCCAUCGAAAACGUUCGCAUCCUCGGCGAAAAGUCUUGCGCUUUCAUCUCCUUCCUCGACGCACAGACCGCUGCAGCGUUCCACACGGAUGCGACGCUCAAGAAACUCUCACUUCACGGUGCCGAGCUAAAGAUUGGAUGGGGAAAGCCCUCUCCUGUCCCUCCUCAAGUUCUUACGGCUGUUCAGCAGAAUAACGCUACCCGGAAUGUGUAUCUCGGUGGUCUGGACGACAGUAUCACUGAAGCAAUGCUUCGUGAUGACCUUUCUCGUUUCGGACUCAUCGACCAAAUCAAAAUCGUCAAAGAUAAAGGAAUCGGCUUUGUUCACUUUUUGUCGAUCGCGGUCGCCCAAAAGGUGGUCGCAACUCUUCCUACAGAGCCAGCAUGGGCGGGUAAGAGGGUCAACUAUGGCAAGGACCGUUGCGCCUUCCAGCCCAAGACAACGCAGGCUGCCCAGGCUGCCGUUCAAGUGGCAGCACAAUCUCUUGCUGCCGCCGCUGGGACACCGAUUACCGCCCCUCUGACUGGUAUGGGCUUUGGCUUUGGUGGUCUCGGCUUUGGUAACUACGACCCAACAUCCCCGCUUCCAAAUACGCCCGCUAGCGCCAUGGCUCUUCUCGCUGCUGCCAACGGCGGUAUGAGCCCUGGUGGCGCGGCGGGGAUGAUGAACAGGACGGUCUACCUUGGUAAUAUCCACCCCGAAACAACAACAGAGGAUCUCUGCAAUGCUAUUCGUGGAGGUGUACUCCAAAGUAUCAAGUACAUGACGGAUAAACACAUUGCUUUUAUCACUUUCAUUGAUCCCGCUGCGGCAUUCACUUUCUAUCAAGUCGCCAGCUAUCAGGGCCUUACACUCAAUAAUCGUCGCCUCAAGGUCGGCUGGGGCAAGUCGUCUGGGCCCCUCACACCAGCCUUGGCCUUGGCCGUGCACUCUGGCGCGACGAGAAACGUUUACAUUGGUGGUAUCGAAGACUUUGACCAGUUCAACGAGGAGAGGCUCAAGAGAGACUUUGCCGAAUACGGUGAUAUUGAACUGGUCAACUUUUUGAAGGAGAAGAACUGCGCUUUCGUCAACUUUACUAACAUUGCCAACGCGAUCAAAGCCAUCGACAGCAUCAAGACCAAGCCCGAGUAUGCAGCACUUCGUGUGUCUCACGGCAAGGACCGCUGUGCGAAUCCGCCGCGUACAACGGGUGGAUCUGGUGGUGCCGCCAAUCCCUUGAGUGCUGGGCUGGGUGUGAGCGCGAAUAACCGCAAGGUGACUGGACCCACCAUCAACAUCCACGGAAUCAGCCCCACGAGUGGACCUAACGAGGAUGUGGAUGGUGUGAACGAGGCCGAGGUGGCUGCCCUCGCUGCUGCCGUCGAGCAAGAGCUUGCUGCUGAGGGAGCAUCUCUUGCAUAG